UCGAUAUAAUAUAGAUUGUAUGCAAAUUUUUUGCUUUCGUGUAAGUUCCUUCGCACUUACAGAAUUUCAAGAGGAUCAAGAUUAGAAAUUUAGUAUAAAUGCUGAUUUUUUUCUACAAGUUCUACAAGUUGUAUUCUGUUGUUCUUUCAGAAGAAAAAUCAGAAUGAAGCUGUUCAUCCUUGCCGCUGCCCUUAUUGUGGCCACAAGUGCCAAUCUAGGUGCCUUCGAAAAAUGGACCAGUUUUAAGGCAACCCAUAACAAAUCUUACAACGUUAUUGAAGACAAACUUCGUUUCGCUGUUUUCCAAGACAACCUCAAAAAAAUCGAGGAACACAAUGCUAAAUACGAAAGUGGAGAAGAAACCUACUACUUGGCUGUUAACAAAUUCGCCGAUUGGUCCAGCGCUGAAUUCCAAGCUAUGUUGGCCCGUCAGAUGGCUAACAAGCCCAAACAAUCCUUUAUUGCAAAACACGUAGCCGAUCCCAAUGUCCAAGCUGUAGAAGAAGUUGAUUGGAGAGAUAGUGCCGUUUUGGGAGUCAAAGAUCAAGGACAGUGUGGAUCAUGCUGGGCUUUCAGUACCACCGGAUCCCUCGAAGGUCAACUCGCCAUCCACAAAAAUCAACGUGUUCCUCUCAGUGAACAAGAAUUGGUAGACUGUGACACAUCAAGAAAUGCUGGUUGUAACGGAGGUUUGAUGACAGAUGCCUUUAACUAUGUUAAACGCCAUGGUCUCUCUUCCGAAUCUCAAUAUGCAUACACCGGCAGAGAUGAUCGCUGCAAGAAUGUUGAGAACAAACCACUCUCUUCCAUUAGUGGCUACGUAGAACUUGAAACAACUGAAGAUGCACUCGCGUCCGCUGUUGCUAGCGUAGGUCCAGUUUCCAUCGCUGUUGAUGCUGAUACAUGGCAAUUAUACGGAGGUGGACUUUUCAACAACAAAAACUGUAGAACCAACCUCAAUCACGGUGUUCUUGCUGUUGGAUACACUAAAGAUGCAUUCAUUGUCAAGAACUCAUGGGGAACUAGCUGGGGUGAACAAGGUUACAUCAGAGUUGCCCGUGGUGAAAACUUGUGUGGUAUUAACCUCAUGAACUCUUACCCUAAAUUGUAAAUGAUUUAAUGCAAAUGAAACACCAAAUAGAAUUCAAAAAUAAAGAUAAAUAAAAAACUAA